GUGACGUCAGUGCGAAGGCUGGACCAACAUGGCGGCCGUCAUUAGGCUGGUCAACAGAAGCUCUUUGGGUUCAGUGAUGGGUCAGCAGUACCUGGCGUUCAGCUCCGCAGCGAAGCUCUCAGCGGCUGGUGUAAGAGCAGGUCAAGCUCUUCCGGAAAAGGUGAAAAUAGUGGAGGUGGGACCCAGAGAUGGACUCCAAAAUGAGAAGACUGUUGUUCCAACAGAGGCAAAGAUUAAUCUAAUUAACAUGCUGUCAGAAUCAGGGCUGUCAGUGAUCGAGGCCACCAGCUUUGUGUCUCCAAAAUGGGUUCCACAGAUGGCCGACCAGAUGGAGGUGAUGAAGGGCAUCACUAGGAAACCUGGAGUGUCUUAUCCAGUCCUCACUCCUAAUCUCAAGGGUUUCCAGGCUGCUGUGAAGGCAGGAGCUGCAGAGGUAGCCAUAUUUGGUGCUGCGUCUGAGCUGUUCAGUAAGAAGAACAUAAACUGCUCAGUGGAUGAGAGUUUACAGCGCUUUGACGAGGUUAUGAAAGCAGCUAAAGAGGCUGGUGUGCCAGUUAGAGGUUACGUCUCUUGUGUAGUCGGAUGCCCAUAUGAAGGCAAGGUGGCACCAGAAAAAGUUGCUCAUGUAGCCAAGCGUCUGUACUCCAUGGGCUGCUAUGAGAUCUCUCUGGGUGACACCAUCGGAGUGGGGACUCCAGGCAGUAUGAGUGCAAUGCUGGAGGCAGUGAGCAAAGAGGUGCCAGUCAGCGCCUUGGCAGUGCACUGCCAUGACACCUAUGGUCAGGCUCUGGCCAACAUCCUUGUAGCCCUACAGAUGGGAAUCAGUGUAGUGGACUCAUCGGUAGCUGGUCUGGGCGGCUGUCCCUAUGCACAGGGGGCUUCUGGGAACGUUGCAACUGAAGAUGUAGUUUAUAUGCUGCAUGGACUUGGCAUUCAAACAGGAGUGGACCUCACAAAGCUGAUGGAUGCUGGAGCUUUCAUCUGCCGAACCAUCAACAGAAAGACCAGCUCCAAAGUGGCACAGGCCACCUGCAAACUGUAGGCAAAAGCCACGCCGUGGGCUCUUUCACAGACUGUACACCGCAGCAACCAUGUUACCCAGAGCCAUUGUCUUCUGCACUUUGUGUUCUCCCCACUUUAAUUACAGUUUGAUUUAUGCCUUUAUCACAGAUUGUGAUACAUUAACAUUUGGAUGAUACCGACACCUCCCACUGUUUAGAAAGAAAUAUCUGAUUAUAUGUUCAUUACAUGAUAGUAUUGCUGGAAUGGUGCCUUAUGUAGAGUCUGUAAUUACACAGAUCCUAUCUGUCAGAAGCCUUCACCUGUUUUAGCUUACAUUACACUUCCAGCAGUGGGUAAGCCAAAAUGAAACACAGAUUUUGUUUCUAACAAUAAAUUAUCCAGUAAAAAUGACCAAAGGAUGGAUAAACUGACUGUUGAUAUCAGAAAAGACAGAAGUGUUGUUUUGAUUUUGUUUUGUCAUCCUCUGUAUGCAGUGAUCACAGUUUUCAAAUGAAUUGUCUUCAUAGGGAGCAUCUGUGGAAACCAUCAGUCCUUAUGAACUUGGGCAUUGAACUGGAUCAUGAAAAGAUAUGGAAAGAAUUCAUAGAUUUUUUUUUCUUAGGAUUUCUAAUUUUAGUUUGUGUAUUUAUUUUUAAAAUGCCUCUCUUUCAAUCAAACAUGUACAUAUUCUUUCAGAUUGAGAGAUUUAGAAAUAAAAACUAUUUCUUUAAUA